UUGCCAGGAAUCGAACCAUGACUUCCUGGUUCAUAGGCUGACGCUCAACCACUGAGCCACACUGGCUGGGCUCUGUUAUUUUUUCAAUUCUCUUAAGUUUAAGAACAUAUAAGGUAGCAGUUAAGAACACUUGGCUGUGUGGCCUCUUGGCUUCCUCAGGGUUGAGUGUCUUGCUGCAGGAGCGCUUGGCACACUGCCUGGCACCCAGUAGCAUGUAAGGGACAGGUGACUGUUUCCAAGGUCAGCCUGGGCUCCACGCGGUCCCCCAUGUGCUCAUGCCGUGCUCCGCCCACAGGUGUACCCCGUCUGCGAGAGCCUGAAGGUGCUAGAGCCCUACUCGCGGCUGCCUCCCCACAAGCAUGUGGCACGGCCCGUGGAGGUCCUGGCUGGCCCACACCACCUUUACGCCGUUUUCCCGCGGCCCCACGGGGACAUGCACAGCCUGGUGCGCCGCCGCCGCCGCCUGCCCGAGCCCGAGGCCGCCAGGCUCUUUUGCCAGAUGGCCGCCGCCGUGGCGCACUGUCACCAGCACGGUCUGGUCCUGCGAGACCUCAAGCUGCGACGCUUUGUCUUCGCCGACUGUGAGAGGACGAAGCUGGUGCUGGAGAACCUGGAGGACGCCUGCGUGCUGACCGGGCCGGACGACUCCCUGUGGGACAAGCACGCGUGCCCGGCCUAUGUGGGACCCGAGAUCCUCAGCUCGCGGGCAUCCUACUCAGGCAGGGCGGCGGACGUCUGGAGCCUGGGCGUGGCGCUCUUCACCAUGCUGGCCGGACACUACCCCUUCCAGGACUCGGAGCCUGCCCUGCUUUUUGGCAAGAUCCGCAGGGGGACCUACGCCCUGCCCCGGGGCCUCUCCGCCCGGGCCCGCUGCCUGGUCCGCUGCCUCCUCCGCCGGGAGCCAGCUGAGCGUCUCACAGCCUCGGGGAUCCUGCUGCACCCCUGGCUUCGAGAGAACCUGACCCCCUCAGUCCCAUCCCGAGCCCACCUCUGGGAGGCUGACCAGGUGGUCCCCGAAGGGCCAGGGCUGGAGGAAGUUGAGGCAGAGGAGGGAGAAAGGGAAGUGGGCCUAUAUGGCUAGGACUACCCUACCCGACUCUCAGCUGUGAACUGUGGAUUGAGUUUGGGGCGUCCCCAAGCUCUCUCCUGCCUCUUUGAACUGAGAUGAACCCUAAGUGCCUUGUAGGAGGGAGAAAAGAGGAGGCAUGUUGAAGUGUGCUGCAGGCACGCCUGUGUGGUCCACACACCUGUUGGGAGCUCACUGUGUGCCUUGUUCCAGGUGCUGAGAACACAGCUGUGAACAAGAGACAAAACUCCGGCUCACAGGGCUGUCAGUCCUUCUCCAUCCCCACAGGCCAGUGUCUGCACUGGGCUGGGUACAACCAGUGCAGGUGACGGCGUCCACUCGUGCUGGCCGCCCCCCCCCCCCCACACUGCUGUCACGGACAGUCCCUUUCACGACCCACCCAGCUGCCUUUGUAUGUUGCACCUCUGAGAAAGGGAAGCGUCCUGUGCCAAAGCCUUCAGGCCUCUCCCCUGCACCUGAGGCCCAGAGCCCAGGCCCUGCUGCGAAUUCCGCUCCAGCCGCUGUGUCCUCUUGGUCAGGGGAUCCUCUGUCCAGGCCUGAGCCAAGGGUCUGGGCUGGCAGAUCAAGAGUCCAACCUGUGAGGCGGGUCCUCAUCCAGCUCAAGGAGUGGUUGGGAAUGAGGGUCCAGGCCUGUCCGCCUCAGCAGCUGUGACCCGAGCUGCUGACUGGAGUUGGGGGACAGGAUUAGGUGGGGUCUGCCCCUGGCCUCCUGGAAAGUCCUAAGUCCAGUUCUGGGGACACUUGGGGUCCAGAACCCCACAUCAGCACUGUAGGUUUUGGAUGCUCCGAGUAUAUAUUUUUACCUUGUGCCUAAUAAAGGAGUUCUGGAAUACG